AGUUGUGGAUGGGCGUAACACAACUGAAUCGAACAUCUAGUUUCUGUAUUUGGAAUUUAAAAUCGUUUCUUUUUUAAUUUAUUAUUUUUUGAAUUAGAAAAAUGUAGGGAUUUUGUGCACGCGGUUGGCAGCACUAAACCAGUAUAAAUUUGGCGGCUUCAUUGUUAUAGGUUAUGUGUCCCAAUACCCCGAAAACUCCACAAAAACCCAUAAAAAAUGUUCAAAGUCGGAAGCAUCCGUAAAGUCGAGGUGAAAAACUUCGUUACUUACAGCUACGCCGAACUCUUCCCGGGCCCCAAUUUAAACAUGAUCCUGGGCCCCAACGGCACCGGCAAGUCCACCAUGGUAGCCGCCAUCAUCCUCGGCCUCGGUGGCAACCCAAAAACCGUCGGCAGGGGCCACAAGGUGUCGGAAUACGUCAAACACGAGUGCGACGAAGCCACCAUCAACAUCUACCUCCAAGGCGAGCGCGAAUCCGACUUUAUCAAAAUAACCCGCACCCUCACGGCGCAAGAUCGCUCCGUUUGGUUUUUAAACAACCGCAAAGUGUUGGCGAAAGACGUCGUGGAUUGCGUCCGCCAAUACAACAUCCAAGUGGACAAUCUGUGCCAGUUUUUGCCGCAGGACCGGGUCCAAGAUUUCGCCAAACUCAAUCAGCAGCAGCUGCUCAAAGAGACACAAGUGGCGUUGUGCCGGAACGACUUAAUCGAGAAGCAGGAGUCGCUGAUUGGGUGCCGAGAAAAUCACAAAAACUUAACGGAGUCCAUUGAGAAGAACGGCACGAAGCUGCAGGAGAACAAAGACGCGAAUAUGCGGCUCGAGGGGAAGAUUGAGAAUUUCGGGAAAAAGAAGAAGUUUUUGGGGCGGAUUCAGGACAUUGAGAGGAAAGUGGCGUGGUUGGAGUACGACAACUACUACGAGAAAAUGUCAGAGACUAAGCAGGAUUUGGCGAAAGCGACGCAGAUUUAUGAGAAGCACAAGUCCGCUGCUAAACCCAUGGAGAAGGAAAUUCACCAAGCAAAGAAAGCUAUUAGUGAUUUGCAACACACGAAUUCUGGUGUUACCCGCUCAAUCCGCGAAAAUGAAACUUCGUCGCGGAACUACAUGGAGAAGAUUGACCAAAGCAAGGAGAAAAUUAGGGAGAUUGAGAAUGAAAUGAAUGAACGUAUCGCCGUGAUUGAGCAGCGGAAUCAGGAGAUUGACGCCAUGGCGGGGAAGAUUGAGGAGAUGAAAGUGGCCCAGAGAGAGCUCCUCAAUAAGUGCGGCAACGAUGAUGAAGUCCAACAAAAGGUCACAAAAAUGACUGGCGAAAUUAACAAAAUGAGACGCCAUGUAACGGAAUUGGAGAACCAAAGAGACGCACUUGUCUCAGCUAAACAGACUAAAGUAGCUCAAUUGAGAGCUUUUGAGAACGAAAGAAACAGACUUGAGAAUGUGAAACAGCAAAGAUUGAAUUAUUUGCAGAGAAUUGAUAAUGAUGCCUAUCAAGCUGUGUUGUGGUUAAGAAGCAACAAAAACUUGUUUAAGGAUGAAGUGUUUGAACCAAUAAUGUUAGAGGUGAAUGUCAUGGACCCAAAGAACUCAAUUUACGUAGAAAACGUCAUCCCUAUGCGGGACAGGACAGCGUUCACGUGUUGUAAUAAGGACGACAUGAACAAUUUGAUUAAGUAUCUUCGUAACGAAAAACGCUUAACAGUUAACGUGUUGUACGCCGGUGACCGAAAUUCCACACCUUUUCAUUCCGCUAUACCCAUAGAACAACUCCGCAAAUAUGGGUUGUACACUUAUUUGAACACUCUGUUUACGGCGCCGGAGCCCAUCAUGAGGUAUUUGUGCAGAACUUACAAAAUACACAACAUUCCAGUGGGCAACGCCGAAACAAAUCGCUACUACGAGAAUUUACCAAAGCAAAUUAGCGUUUUCUUUAGCGAUACCAUGAAAUAUUCCGUGAGUUAUUCACGGUAUACGAAUGCGAAAAGUACCAGGCAGAACGAGAUUCAUUCGGAUGGGGGUUUUUCGAUUUCGGUGGAUGUGUUACAUGUAGAAAGGUUGGCGACUCAGAUACAGGAAUUGCGAAGCAGUUUUACCAACUGUGAUAGCCAAACGAAGGAGUAUGAUACUCAGAUCGGCCUUAUCAACGACAAAAUCUCGAAAAUCGGCGACGAGCUCAAAUACAUCCACGGCAUCAAGCAGCAAGUCCAAGCGACCGAGAGCCGCAUCGCCGCCAUGCAGCGUCGCGUCCAAGAAAUGCGCCAAUCCGGCUCCAACGGCGACGAAAUCCGCAACCAGGCCCGCAACAAAAUAAAAAAAGUCGUCCGAGCCAUCCGCCAAAUUUCUCUCGACCUCAAGAACACCUACAAAUCGCUAUCGGUUCUGAUAGUCAAGAGCCAGCUGAACUCCAUCAAGAUCGACAGCGUGAGACGCCAAGCCGCCUAUUUGGAAAACAAGAACGAGGAAGCUAGACGGCUGAUGAAAGAGAGCGAAGCCACGAUGAGCCAGGUCAAAGAAGCGUAUGCCAAUAGUAAGGGACAAGCUAAAGCCGCGCUGCAAAAGGCCAAAGGAUUGUCGAACAAUUUCACGCCUGACGACGAAGGCUUCGACGAGUUCAGGGAGGUCCAUGAGAGUUUGCCGUCGGAGAUGGGGCCGCUGCAGGACGAGAAGCAUCGCCUGAAUGCGAAGAUAGAGUGUCUGAACACGGCGGACGACGACGAGAUGCGGGAGUACGAAGAGAGGGUUGAGAUCAUCCGCAACCUCCAAGAAACCGUCGACCGCGCCCACGUGGACCUGUCCAAGAUCACCUCCCGCAUGGACCAGCUGCGCGAGGAGUGGCUGGACCCCUUGCGGCAGCUCGUGUCCGAGAUCAACACCAACUUCGGCGCCGCUUUCGAGCGCAUGGGGUGCGCCGGCGAGGUGUCCAUCAACCCCGGCGACGACGAGCGGGACUUUUCCAACUACGGGAUCUGCAUCAAGGUGACGUAUCGGAACGGGGAGCCUCUGCAGGAGCUGAACACCGUGACCCAGAGCGGCGGCGAGAGGGCGGUGGCCACGGCGGUGUUCAUGCUGGCGCUGCAGGAGUUGACGCCGGUGCCGUUCAGGUGCGUGGAUGAGAUCAACCAGGGCAUGGACGUCAACAACGAGAAGCGGAUUCUGGACUUGCUGAUGGAGACGACGAGUCUGCCGAACACGUCGCAGUACUUUUUGAUCACCCCGAAGCUGGUGCCGAAUUUGACGUACACGAGGACCACGAUGGUGCACGUUGUGCACAAUGGGCCGUUUAUCGAGCAGGAUAGGAAGUGGGGGGUGUCGCGGUUGUGUAAUCCGCAAGGGGUAGCGAUACGUUAAGGGGGUUUGUAAAUUUUUUCAGAUUUUUGAGUACUUUUCUAAAUUUUUCAAAGUAAAAAAUGGCCAAACGGAUCCAGCAAGUUUCUGGGUCCUUAGUUUUAAUUGUUAUUGAUGUACAAAACAAAAUUUAUAUUAAAUGGAAUUAAUAAAGAUUUUUUAUAUUUAUACAA